GUCGGUAGAUACACAAAAAUUUAAAAACUAAAAAUAACAAUAACAUGUUCAAUAUAACCUCGAGAGAAUAUUUCCGACUAGAUUACAUGCCCAAAUUCCUUGUGGACGAGCACCGGGCCUGCAUGAACAAAAACUUCAAGCCCGAACUUUGAUGUCAGGCCCAAACAUGCAUUCUCUCCGAGCCCAUUUAGGCCCGUUUCCGUUCUUCGAUCCCCUUUUGGGUCUCCACGACCAAUCAUUCACUUCCAUUUUUGCUUCUAAUGGCGUCUCCAAACCCUCACAGUUCGCCGCCCGUCGCCGUUGACCAACGCCGCCUUCAAUUUACUCCGGUUGAUUUACCUCUCACUCCGCCGAUGGCAGAUGCUAUUCCUGAGGGUAUUGUGGAUCUAACCAGUCUGACUGAAGCAAGCACAGGCGAGAAGCGUAAAAGAGAAGGAAGAUUAAGAUCUAGAGUUUGGCAACACUUUACAAAGCUAAUAAAGGAGGAUGGAACUUGUGACAAAUGCAAGUGUAAUCAUUGCCAUAAAAUUUUCACUUCUUCAACCCGAAGUGGAACGACUCAUUUGCUUCGUCAUAUAAGUGAAGGAAUAUGUCCAGCAUUUAAGAAAGUCAAAAAGGAAAACUCACCAUCAAUUUUCAGCUAUAUAGGUGGUAGCAUAGACCGAAAAGUUGGUAUUAACCCCUGGAAGUUUGAUCAAGAACUAGGGCAAGCAUCUUUUGAACAGUCAAUUGACGCUCAUGAUGACUUGUUGCCAAUGGGGUUAGAUGAUAUUGAACGUCAAACAUGCACUGCAUCAGAAAGUGAUUAUGUCGGCCAAACAUCAAUGCCUGUAUUUUCAAAACUUCCUCAACAACCUGCUGUGAAGUCCCAUCCUAUUACAGAACCAUGGAUGACUGAAUUGAAGACUUGUGUAGGCAAACUCGUUGAACUCACAAACGAACGAGUGUCAAAGCCUACUAGCACGGAUAACAAGACUUGUGUAGCUGUUAGUACUCCCGAUCUCUCUAUAGCUUCUGUUGUUAAGUGCUUGAAUGAGAUGGAGGAUAUCCCACAAUCAAGUGCAAUGUAUUUAGAUGCUUUGGAUAUCGUAAGGGAUCCAGAAGAAAGAGAGUGUUUCAUCUGUUUAAACCCAGAGCCGCGUAGGAGAUGGCUGCAAAGGAUGUUGCAUCGUCGUUUUCCCUUGCGCUAUAGCACCGAUGUUUGACCAACUGUAAGUAAUCAACACAAUCAGCUCGUGGAGGAUCACAACACUUACUCAAGAACAAGGGAGAUAUCGUUUAACAACCGCGCAAGGUCUUUUCAUGAAUAGUUGUUUUUUAUGUCAAAGGUUUGAAAGAUUACUUGACCUAGAUCUGAUUAUCCAUGACCUUAUGUUGUGCUUUACUUGUUGAAAGUUCGAACAGGAAAUGAAAAGUUGUACUACAAUAAUUAUAAAUAAACAUAUAUUUGUUUGAUACACUAUUGUUAUCAAAUGGCUAAAAGAGCACAAUCAAUG